AUGGACGUGGACGAGACUGAGCUCGCAUCGGCUGCAGGAGCAGGGCCUUUGCUGUACCAUGAGCUUACGAGCUGGCAGAGCCUGCCUGUGGCGGCGAGACACCAGGUGCUUCUGGUGGAGCUCGGGGCAGGCGGCGCCGCCGACCUACUCCUCGAUGAGUCGGAGCAAGCCUGGCCCGCUGGCGGUCUCGGCGUGGUCCGCUCCGCUGUGGAGAAGGCGCAGCUCACUGCCAACUCCGAGGCACUCGCCGAAUGUCUUGAUCGCUUCGAUGUGGGGCUAGUGCCACGGCUCUUCCGCCUAGGCAUCUCCCAAAGGGAGCGCGUGCCCGAGAUCUUGAGUCUGGUGGUCUUUCUCAUCGAGCUCUUCCCGGAAAUCGGUGCGGAGGUCUUCCGAAAUCACUUGCAUCUACUCUGGUAUCUGGGCAAGACUGGGCUUCCGCCCGAGGAGGCGGCCGUGGCAGCCGCGCAUGCAGAGGCCGCUUGCCAUUUCAGCCUCGCUACGGUGGGUGACCGCCCCGAUCGCCAUGACUUUGAACAUGAGGACGAGUCGUGGAUGGGCUUCUGCGGCGCACACUACGUGAUUCGUUUUUCCACAGAGCCUUGUGCUGUGCCUGCCGGAGGCGCGCCGCCCCCGGCCGCGCUGCGUGUGGCCGCUUACGGCUGCGUGGGGGAUGCCGUGCAGGCGAGGGAGCUGCUGGGCUGCCCUCUAGCGGGCCAGGUGGUGCUGGAGCUGGGGUGCGGAGUGGGCAUCGCCGGCAUUACAGCGGCCAGCUUCGCUUCAGGAUGCAUUCUCACCGACGUGGAGCCCACUGUUCUCGAAGCGGCAGCGCUCAACCUGCGCUACACCGGGGGCGCGGCAUCCAACGGCAGGGUGGAGUUGCUUGACCUCCGCAACAUCGAGGCGGUCCGCAGCCUUGCGCUGUCUUGCAGUGCCACCGUCGUUAUUGCAGCUGACAUCCUCUACGGCGCUGUCUCGCAGCAGGAGGUAGCGCAGGCGAUCCGCGCUUCGCUGCCCAACGGCGGGUCGGCGCUUCUGCUGAUGCCGUUGCACUACCGCCCGGGCAUGGACAAGGACUGCUUCGGCCAAGCCCUCCUGGCCGCCGGCAUGGAGACCCUCUCGGUCCGGCCCAUCGCAGCCGAUGGCAUCCACGCGGCCUUAGCAGCGGACGAGGAGCUGCAGGAGUACGUUCUCUUUGAGGCGCAGGCGAGACCACUGGACGACCAGCAGGCGCGUGCCUACGAGCUGAAGAAGCGCCGCGAGGACGAGAGAAAGGCGGUGGUUCAGGAGAAGUUGUACCAGCAAUGGCGAGCAGGCCUCGAUGACCUGCGCACGAUGGACUCGAAGAUAGUAGAGCUGCAGACCAUUGCAGACAGGGAUUUCCAGCUGGACGACAAGGCGUUGCGCAAAGCAGAGGAGAAGGGCAUCGACGACUUCUACGCCAAGCUCUGGUACGAAGGCUACCUUGCCAAGAUCGAGCGUGAAGAGCGUGAGAAGGGCCUCAAGGAGGAGCGGAACGACGUGCAGAAGAAGACGCUUGGAAUACAGCUGGACAUGAAGAGGGAGAGGUUGGAGCAAGACAAGGCAGAGGAUGCCAUCGAGGCCGAGAAGAUGAAGAAGCUCUGGGCCCAACAGGAAGUGGAGGAGAAGGAAGCCGUGGUGCAGCACCGGAUCCAGGCCAAGGAGGAGCGACGGAAGGCAGACGAGUACAUGGCCAUCCAGCAGGCCCAGCGCGCGGAGGAAGAGAGGAUGGACAAGGAGUUUGACAAGAACUUCGUCAACGGCGUCUUGGAAAGAGAGCGCCAGAUCGCCGAGCAGGAGGAGGCCGAGAAGCUGAAGGCCAAGAGGAAGGCCAUGGAGUUCACGGAGGCGCUGAAGCUCGAGAUGGCGCGGAAGGCAGCAAGCGAGGAGGAGCUAUUGCGACUUCAGGACGAGGAGUCCGAGAGGCAGUGGCAGAAGCGCUAUGCCCAGUGGGAGAAGGAAGAGCUCGCGCGUCGCUCCUUGAUGGAGGAGGUCUAUCACGACCGCGCCGAGCAAGUGAAGCUGAAGCAUCAGCUUCGGGAGCAGGUCAAGACUGACAUUGCGAAGGAGCGCGGCCAGAUCGAGGAGGAAAUGAAACGACUGGAAGAGAUCGAGAAGCAACGUGAGGAGGGGGAAAAGUUGGUCUCGCUGCGGCAUCAGGAGGAGCUCUUCCGCCAGAUGGAUUUCCACCAGGUGCAGCGCCACCGCCAGCUCCAGCAGCAUGCUAUUGAGCAGCGCCAGGCAGCCAUCGCCGAAGAGAAGAUCCGCCGUGCCGUGGAGCAAGAGAAGAAGAAGGCCAACGCCAUCAUGACCGAGGUCGUGGAGAAGAGGCAGGCCGCAGCAGUUGCCAAGCUGGUCAAGGCUCCCUGGGACAGGUAA